AUGACAGGUUUACUGAAGAAACAUGGAAUCAUUCACAAGGUGGCGACGGCUUACCAUCCCCAAACCAAUGGACAAGCCGAGGUGUCUAAUAGAGAGAUUAAGUGCAUACUGGAGAAGAUUGUGAAGCCUCAUAGAAGGGACAGGAGUACUAGACUUGGAGAUGCGCUUUGGGCUUAUCGGACAGCUUACAAGACACCCAUCAGAAUGAGAUUGGGAGGAGCCAGAAUUGAAAGGAGGUUGCAACUAGAGGAAUUGGAGUGCCUUCAACUAGAAGCGUAUGAGAACUCAAGGCUUUACAAGGAAAAGGUGAAGGCGGUGCAUGACAAUAACAUCAAGAGAAGAGAGUUUAGAGCUAGGGAUCAAGUCCUUCUCUACAACUCAAGGUUAAGGCUAAUGUCAGGCAAGCUGAGGUCAAGGUGGGAUGGCCCUUACGUGGUGGAAAAGGUGGAACCGUACGGAGUUGUCUACCUGAGUCACCCCUCAAGCCCCACCUUCUUCAAAGCCAAUAGACAACAUCUGAAAUUGUAUCAUGGUGUAAAGAUGAAGAACAACAAGGAGCUGGAGAUCUUCCUCUUGAAGGAUCCAGCAAAGGAAGAGGACUGA